GGACCACUGUUUGCAUAACUGUCAGGGUUGAUCGUAAUUAGCUAGAAUCUAUUAGCGUUAAUCAAGGCUUUAGCAACGUUUUAGCAUGGGUGUUCUACGUGACGAAACGAAUAUAUUUUCAUAUGAAAGUUCCGGCGACGACCUAGAAAAGUUGGAAAAUGAUGUUAGAGAAGAAAUGUUGGUACAAAAUUUGAAGCAUCAUAGAAAAACUUUAAACAAAAAUAGAUUCCAAUUAAAUAGCCUACAACUGGACAGUGGUAAUCAAGGAUCCAGUAGAAAGACAGGGGUCAAGAAGUCAAGGAGAGGUGAAAACAUGAAGUAUCUGUUGAAUUUGAUGGAGAAGGAUGAUGACAGUGAGCUCAGUAUGGAGGUCGGUGAACCAAGCAUGUCGGUGUUUGCAGAACUCUUCAUGGAACAGGAGAAAAUGAAGGUUUGGAAAGAUUUUAUGAAUAGCUCGGAGGAAGAGCAGGGCCGAAUUCUGCAGCAGGGGAAUACAACAGACAAUAAAGACAGAUAUAAAGAAAAUGUUGAGGAGGAACAUAUGGAUAGUUGGGAGGAAAUACCAGAUAACAGGGCUGUUCACCCAGCCUAUACUGCAGAAGAGUGCUAUCAAAGACUUGAUAGGAACAUCAAACUGUUUUUUAAACGCCGCAAUAUUCCUAUGGGGAUACUCAACAACUUGGAGCAGGAUUUGAUAUCAUUCUUCAAGGAUUGGCCAGGGUCAGUUUAUGUAUCCAAGCUUACAUCAAGUUUUGAGAGAAUGCUCCUCCAUGCCACCUGUCAGUACCUCAACCUCUCCUCAACAAGUUUUGAUGAUGGUAACUGUCGACAGACCCACGUGGAGAACAAAUUGUCAUCGUUCUCUCCUCCAUCUGUACUCCUCAGCAGCUACCUACAGAAAGCAGCACUGUCAUGACAACUCUCACUACUCUGUAUAACUUCUCCACAUCUGCCAUAUAGGUGGUGAAAAAAUCCGUGCUUUGCUAAUGAUCAAUGUUAAUCAUAGAGAGACCCACUGUUUAUGAUGCUGUAAAUCUGAAGUAAAAUUCUGUUUCUUUAUUUAUCAAUACCUUGAAUUUUCAACAUGCAAGUUGGAAAAGUUUUGAUUAAAUUUUGUUGGGAAAUAUGUAUUUGAAUUAAAAAAAAAAAAGAAUCAUAAAUUAACAAUAGCUCUAAAAGUUCUUAAAUCUAUUUUUUUUUCUUGAUACCUGAGAAAUAGAUGUUUUAUAAAGAAAUGAAGAAAUACAAUAUUUAUUUUAAAUUAAAGUGAAUGCAGUAUCAUUAAAAAUAAAAAAUAUUUUUUUUUUUUGUAUUGUUUAAAAAUAAAAAUGUUGAUGAUUUUAUGUUAUACACAAGGAUGUGUACACAAAUAUUAAACUACUUUCAUCAGAUUGUAACAAAUAUGUUUUAUAGGAAUGUUGUGUUUCUAAAGAAUGAAGCUUCUUACAAAGUUUUCCAUCUGCUUCCUAACCAAAUAAAAUUAUCCAAUACCACUAAGAAAUAAAAUUGCAAUUGAGUUAGUAAAAAAAAAACCAUGACAAUAUGCAAUAGAAAAAAAGUGCUGUAAAUACCAGAUACCAGUAGGUUGUAUUUUGAUAGCUUACCAAGCAUAUUUUUACUUAUAAUUAUAAUUUACACCUAUGUGGUACAUGUGUUGUAAAUUGACACACUGCCAGUUGAAGAAUGGUCAGUAUGUUUUACUUUUAGAUAUCAAAUAUUGUUCAAUGCCUCUUAUUACCAUAGGAACAUAGCAGCAUUGUAUUAUGAUAUAUUUAUUUCAUUUUUGAAACAAAUAUUCGUCUGAUUUUUAAAUGUAAAUGUAAAAUUUCAUACUUUUAGCAAAAAAGUGAAUAUUGGUCAUUUGAAUAUGGAAUGCUUUUCUUUUUGUGGUAAUCUUAGACUUGACCUGGAUUCUGUUUACAGACCUAGCUGGGGAUGUCCCUAUUCAACAUCGAGGUUCAUUUAUAGAUUUUGACUCCCAUACAGAAAUAUGAUGCUGUGACUCUGAAAAUUGUGAAGUUACAACCUUUAUAGUAAAAGAUUUAAAGAUCUGAACAGAAAGUCAGUUUCAGACAAAUCAAAAUUCAGAUCCUUUGUUGUUUCAAAUAAGCUGUACAUGUGGCUGUAUGUUUGGUGCAUUUUGGGAGGAGUUAUCUCCCUUACAAGAUUUCAGAAUUCCAUAUGUAUAUAACAAAGUGUACAUUUGGAUAAGAUAUUUAUAAAUUAUUUGGAAUGAAUGAAUCUCUACAAAUGCUAAUACUGUUAAAACAAAUUUUAAACUCUUUACAUUACAUAUGUUCAAGUAUUUGCAGAAAAUAUGUGCAUGAAAUAGUUUAAAUUCUAAUGAAAAAAAAAGAUUUAGACAAGACAUUCUGAUAUUACAUCAUACAACUGAUUAUAAUCAGCCCACCUCCAUUUGUUAUGUUUAACUUAUUGUUAUUUUCAGAUAUAUUUAAUAAAUAUCCUACAUAUUUGAUGUAGAUAAUAAACAAAGAUACAAUCUAUGAUGGAUAUAAUAAAUAUAUCAAAA